AUGGCUACCCCGGUUGGUGGGCUACUCUUAAAGAUCGAAGAUAAUGCAAUACGACCAGUAAUGGAUAUUCACACUAUGGAGAUUCUUGGUCGUGGUACUAAGAAAUGGGGGCUAUAUUAUGUCGAUGACUUCAAUCCCAGCGUGACGCAUCCCUUUGAUAGCAAACAAAAGCAAAUAUGGUUGUGGCACCAUCGAUUGAGACAUCCGUCUUUUAGUUAUAUGAAGCAUCUUAUACCAGAUUUAUUCUCAGGUUUCAAGGACUCUUACUUCACAUGUGAUACUUGUAUUUUGGCCAAGAGUCACCGUGUGCCCUACCCGUUGAGUACGAACAAGUGUACUACUCCAUUUACGUUAAUUCACUAUGAUGUCUGGGGACCUUCCCUUAUCACUGCUCCUUCUAGUUUUAACGCUCAAAUCCAUAUUCUUCGCUCAGACAAUGGUGGAGAAUUUGUCAAUCAUGACUUUCAGACUUACUUCCAACAACAUGGAAUUAUCCAUGAGACGACUUGUCUUCAGACAUCACAACAAAAUGGUGUUGUUGAACGAAAGAAUCGACAUCUUCUUGAAACCGCCCGAGCACUUCUGAUUGGCGCUCAUGUUCCUCACCAUCACUGGGAUUAUGCUAUUGUCACCGCAGUUCACUUGAUCAACCGCAUGCCUUUUGGUGUAUUGACCUUUAAAACUCCCUUACAGAUGCUUGUGCAAUACAGACCUCUACCCUCUGUUUUGGUACUCACGCCCUGA